AUGAAAGAGCUGUUUGGGAGUCCAGGAACAAAGAGUGGGCUCGUAUUAAGGAUUGGGCAGAGUUUGUUUGCAGCUUCUUCAAUUGGAAUUAUGGCAUCUGCGUCUGGGUUUUCUACUACUACUGCCUUUUGCUACUUAAUAGCAUCAAUGGGGCUUCAGUUUUUAUGGAGCUUUGGACUUGCCUGCAUAGACGUACAUGCUUUGAAGUUCAAUAAAGACCUGCACAAUCAAAUCAUUGUGAGCCUGUUUGUUGUUGGCGACUGGGUGACAGCGACUCUAUCACUUGCAGCUUCAUGUUCAUCAGCUGGUGUGGCGGUACUCUUUACUAAAGAUACAGAUAUCUGCAAAGUAGAGACUAAUUUCUCGUGCAAUAUGUUCCAAAUAUCCAUUGCUUUUGCUUUUGCAUCAUGGUCUCUUCUUGCUGUGUCUUCUUAUGUCAUGUUUUGGCUUCUGGCCUCGAUUUAA